GGACCAGGGCAGGGGCUUCAUUCACUCUCACACGGCUAAACACACAGAAAACAGCAGCCUGCGCAUGGAGGUAGAGAGGGAGAGAACAUAGAGAGGGACUUGGAGGGAAAGAGACAGAGAAAAAAGAACGGCACAGAAAGAGAAAGUCACCGAAGCAGAGAAGAGAAGAGAUAUGGUUCACAAAGUGGUGACCCUGAUGAUGAAAUAAAGAAAGAGAACGGAGAACGAGAAAGUGAAGGAAAAGAGGCCAUGAAAGAAGAGAGGCCCUAACUCUCCCACCCCCGAGGAGAGCAAGAAAAGAGAUGUCAGAGGAACAGUCGUGAACCUUCAUCUCAACAGAGAAAAGAAGGGAUAGAAUAGAGAGGGGGAGAGAACGGGGGAGAGAACAGGGGAGAGAACGGGGGAGACUACUAUUCCCAAAGAAAACCCCAGGAGCAAUGUCCCGCCGGAACUCCGCGGGGGAUCUGGUGCCCAGGGACAUCUCCGAAAUCCUUGCCCGAGAAGGGAAGGCCCAGCGGGGGCAGAAGAAGGCCGGAGGGUCCUUAGGCCAGGCCUUCAGCUGGCUGAAGGGAACCAAGAGGAAGAAGAACGUAAGUAAUGAACAGAACAGGAUAGGAAGUGUGAUUGGAGCCACAGAGGGCAACGGAACCAAACAUGGACACCAGAUCCAGGAUUCGCCUAAAGCGGGUCCAAAGGCUCAGGAUGAACAGAGGAGGCUGGCGGUUCACUACACAGCCUCCUCCCAGUACCAGGAGAACGUGUUUGUGGAGGGCAGACGGCCACAGCACAUAGAGGACCUCCACACAGAGGCACUGCAGGGUUUGAAGAUACUGCAGCAGGAAGCAGAACAUGGGAAUGGAGGGAACUUUCAGGACAACCAUGGCAAUGCAGGGGUCCAGUCGGAGCAGGAUGCGGACUCCCAGGACAGGGAAGGACCUGAGGAGUCCAGAAACUCUGCGGAUAAUUCAUCCUCCGCGUCCUCAAGACCCGUGCUGACAGCACAAGGGUCGACCUUUAAGCCUCUGAACCCAGUAAAAAGACCGGAGAAAGCCAAGAAGAGGAUCAGAAGGACUACAAUCAUGGGCAUACCGCAGCAGAUCCACAGAGAGCUGGCCCUGCGCAGGGAGUCUGCCUAUGAAGUUCCUUCCCCGAUAACUAACGCCCCAGACAUACAGAGCAGCGAUGACCAACCUGACAUUGUGGUCAUCCCCACCAUCGAUGGAGAGACUUCACGAACUAACCAAGAUGGAGCCCGAGUUCACCUAUCAAAUCUGGAGGCGUGCAGAGAGGAGCAGCUGUUGAGACGCCACCUUCAGAAUGUCUACAGGGAGGACCAGGGCUUUACUCCCCACCGGGGACUCAACUCCCAUCUGUCCCCCACCCAAAGGCCCAAAUCUCUGGCUGUGCCGGGCAUGACCUCCUCAGCUGGAACCCCCAGCUUCCUCCAGGAGCCACAGGGUCCAGUGAUGUCCAUCUCUCCCCAAGCCACCUACCUAUCCAAGAUCAUCCCCAAUGCUUACCUGCCGGCCUCUGUUGAAGUCAUACAGAUCAGCCGUAGCACCAGCCGUGGAAACAACAGUAACCACAGCGUCAGUAAGAGCAGUGUAGCUUCAGGGUCGUCUGCCAGCCCUGCGUCAUCGAGGACGUCUGGCGGCGAUGGCUGCUGUGACGACGGCGACUGCAUUUCACACGGAGGCAGUAGUUCCCAUGACGAUGGCUCUACAGCAACCCCCCACUCUGUGACUUCAGGAUCCAGCUUGAGCCACUCACAGUCUUCAGAGACGAUGAAGUCCAACUCAUCCGCCCUCUCCUCCACAAAGGGGAGCUUUGGCCCUGCUAACCCACAGGUAGUGAGCCUCACUGGGCAGGAGAGACAGCCACAGCAGCCUGAUGGUGGGGACAAGCAUCUAGCGAGCCUAAAAACUAGUAAGGGUUCUAUUAUUGCCACCGGCCAGGGGAGAUCCGAGUCAGGUCUAUCUGGAUCUUUGAGUGCUGGAGAUACAAGCGACACUGGAGGAGACUCUCAUAGGUUCUCUCGCAGUCUGUCAAUCAUUAAGACAAAGAUGCCGCCGGCUCCCCCAAGGAGAACCAACUCACUGCACCACGAGAAGAUAAUGAAGAGGAGACCCCAGGAACUAGUGCCGAUAAGGGAUCUCAGACACUCGAUGGGCAGAGAGGUAAACGCUGGCAAAGACACAGGCCAGGUGACAAUUGAGAUCUCCAAAGAUCUCUACAAACAAAUCACAAAGAGCUCUGUGCCUGGAUCAAACACUUCAGAAGAUACAAGGUCUUCCACAACUUCAAGUCCCCUGAGUCCCAUGCAGGCCUCCCUUGGAGGUAGUGAAGCUCCAGAGAGGCCAGAGUCAAUCAGCACUUCCCCGCAGAAGGCUCAAUCAGAGGGGGGUAAGUUUGACAGGACCAUGUCUCCCUCCAGCGGUUAUUCCAGCCAGAGUGGUACUCCAACUUUAUCCCCUAAGGGGAUCUGCCCCUCUGCCCCAACAGGAAAACAGAAGAAGCCUACCAAACCAGAGAGGUCUGGAUCGAGAGCUUCAGCAUCCUCUUCGCUAACCUCCCUGUCCUCGGUCACCUCAGAACAUGUCAAUGAAGACACUUCGAAAAACAACCCUAGCCCUCCACAGCAGGUCUGUCCACCUCUGGCUGAUAUGAAAAGCAAAACGCUAGCACCAGGGACCCAAGACAAAUCCCCUAUAUCCAUGGAGAUCAAAAAACUGCUUAACAUUCCAGCACCUCCCAAUGUGAAAGCACCCUCCCCGCCCCCGCCGGAGACCUGGGCCCAUAACAGACUGACCAUCGAACUGCUGUGUCCGCCACCCUCCCACAGCAUCAACAGCCUAGCACAGCUCCAGGAGCAACAGGAGCUCAAAGAUACAAAUCUAUUGGAACUGCAACAGGAAGCUCAGAACAAAGAUAGCAAGGAGUGUCAAGGUUUGAUGGCAGAGCAGGCUACGAUAGAGGAAGUUGUCUUGACAACACUGCAAAGCAGAGACAAUUCUUUUAAAAAGAUUAAGCCUACUUCAGAGCAGCUGCCUGAGAUACAUAAGUGUCUAACGAAAGACCAAGGAAGACCGGUGCUGAUCCCAGAGAGAGAAGAAGCAAGUGCAGAAGUGCAGAAACAGAGUUGCAGUGUUGCAGAGAACCAGGAUCAAGAAGUAAAGCAUGAGAAACAAGGUGAAAUAAGUUUAGCAAUGAUUCGGAAGAAGGAACCCCCUCCUGUCAUGAAAAAAAGAAAUCCAAGACCACACAGGAAAGAUCCUGAAGUUCAGACAGCAGCAGCAAGCCAGCAACUGGUAGAUUCAACCACAGAUGUAGAUUCAAUCAGAAAGAGUGAGAUGUUUUUCUUGCAGACUGAGGCUGAGGUUGUUAAAAAAGUUGCCGUAGUAGCUAAGGAAGUUAAAGUUGUAACUAAGCAAGUUGAGGUAGAAGCUAAGGAAGUUAAAGUUGUAACUAAGCAAUUUGAGGUUGAGGUAGUAGCUAAUGAAGUUGAGGUUGUAUCUAAGCAACUUGAGGUUGGGGUCGUAGCUGAGGAAGUUGAAGGUCAGAAUGCAUUUGAAAAUACUACAGAGGAGUGUCCCACCAAACCAGAGCCAUCUAUGCAAACUCUUGGAUCCCUGGAGCUUCCCAAAGUGGACAAGGUCUCUCCUCCAGCCUCCCCACCUCCAGCCCACCAUCCUCCCCCGCCCCCUUCUAAGACACCUCCCAGCUCUGUUUCCACCCUCCUACCGGAAAUGAAUCAGGGGGUUAUAGAGGAGGUCCAGGUAGUGGAGUCCAACUGGCCCCCUCCACCUCCACCAGAGGAGCCGCCAGAUUCCGUUUUUGACGAGCCGGAUGAGAUGGCCUUUCCACCACCACCACCUCCCUUCAUUACGGACAGUCUGGCAGAUAAGGUGGAGAGCGGUGACACAGUUGUUGAUGCCCAGAAGACUUCUACUGAAGCUCUGGGUGUGUGGGAGGAUAAGGAAACCUUGGCCGGAGAAACUGGUAAUGUGGAAACUGCAGGUCUGUUACCCAAUUUGGCCCCAAUAGACAUCAAGGAGGAUAGGCCCGACGUGAUUGUUGUGUACUCAAACCCUGAUGCCAACUCGACUGACGAAAUUCCUUCAGAUAAUCUAACAGUUGUUCUUUCAAAUGAGAAAGACCCAGAGGUCAACCAACUUUCCAGUACGCCAAUCAAUAUGGAGGAAGUCACCCCAGAAUCAAAAGAAACAUAUCCUGAGUCACAGGUAUUAAUGCCCCCACCACACAAAACUCCUAUUCCACCCAUCACAACAGCUCCAGGGCCCACCUCAAAUGUACCCCCUCCACUCUCUAUCAACAUCCCCUCCCCCCCCCCUGAACAAUUUGAAGACCAGACGCCCUCUGAGCCUCCAGUAAGUAGCCCCUCCGUCAGUGUCCCUCUCCCACCUCCUCUCCCAGCUGAGAACCAGCCCCCUGUGACCUUCAGAAGACAGCCAAGCUUUGUAAACAGAGAGACAAAGGCCCGGAGCAAAGAACUUCUGUCAAGGCAAAAGAGUGCGCCAAUUCCAAAAGAAGACGCCAACAUUCCCCUGGUCACCCCCUCUCUGCUUCAGAUGGUACGUCUCAGAUCGGUCAACGUUGGUGAAGACCAGAUAAAAGCACCUUCAGAUGACAACAACAACGACGAGAAAAUGCCCGCUUUCUACCAGAAUCCAAACCCAACCCAAACCCUUGGGUCCCAGAACACCACACCCCAAAAACCAGUUCGGAAAUCCCUGUCACUGAAAUCAACACCGCCGCCAUUGAAGUCAUCACCGGCUACGUUAGUUGCCCCCUCAAUGCGCCUGCAGGAAGCCAUCCGCAUGAAAACAGCGGCCAUGUCUUCUAGAGACAGUCUUCCAACACGUUUUAGAAUGCCUUCAUCUAUCACAUUCCCCAGUAGUUGUGGUGGUAGUGAAUCUGGGACGUUGUCCCCAGCAUCGCUUGAAGGGGGUGAUAUGCUUAAGUCCCCAGCCUCCACCGCUAGCUUCAUAUUCUCCAAAAGCUCAAAGAAGAUUGUCAUAGAAACACCUGUUUCCUCCUCAGAGGUGCAGGCGAGCCUACAUCAGAGCCUGGCUGAGGAACUGAAGUUAGUUUCUGACCAAUCAAAGACCUCCACAGUCGCUAACGGCAACAUCGGGAAGGCUGGAAUUCCGAAGAGAGUUCCACCACCUGUGGCUAAGAAACCUACUCAUGGGAUCACCAACCCUUCAGAAAGACCUGUGUGUUCUACGGUGAAGAGUGGCAAUGUUCCAUCUCCAUGGAGACCAGAAGCCAAUGGGGAGAUAGAGACAGUGCAACCUGCAGGUCAGCAAGCACAGCCAGAGGACCACAACACAGGAAGUACAAUGGAGACAUCUAACAUUCAAGAAGCACCGUUGCCCUUGUGAGAAAAAUUGCUUUGUGUGGAAAGAACUCUUGUGGACCUGGACUAAGAAGUUGGAACAGAGCAAGAACCCUAAGAACAAGAGCAAAGGACAUAGUCAACUCAAAGCUGUUAAGUUUCUUCUCCAAAAGCCUUAAGCCUUAAAUGGCCUUUAUAUUUACAGGGAAAAAUAAUUAUAACAUGAUAUAAGUCCCUAUUUCUGUAAAAUGAAAGCUUUAUUUUUGUGUAUUUUUCUAUUUAGAGCUUUAGUCUGCUCUAGCAAAGUGCACAAAGUACCCCCUCUGCACAGUGGGUGUAUUGCGGCUUAUUUCUGCUAAAAGUACAAAAAGCUGUGCUUAUAAUAGUACCAUCUGAAGGUCAAAAAUGGUAGCAGACACUGCAGAUGAGAAAGAAUAACUACUCAACAAAUAUUUGGGCUUUAAGGCAUUCUAAGCUUGUGUUAUAUUUAACAUUAUUUUUUCUCAGUUUUUUUACAUACCCUUUCAGAUCUCUGAACUGUCUUGUCUCCUGGAAUGACAAGCUAUAAAAUAUCCCAUCAUUGUCUUCUUUGAUUUUAUCUUUUGAUCAAUCAAUCAACCAACCAAGUGAUCAACAUGAUUUCCAGUACACAAAUGUACGUGUUACUUUUGCUUUGCAUAAAGACACAUUUCCAACACACUAAUUAUUUUGUAAAUACAUACUAUUAGGCAGAGUAGUACUUGAGAAAAAGGGAUGCUGCAGCCCUGAUGUCAUAUAAAAAAAGCACUUUGUGAGCUGCUGUAAAGGUUUAAGCAAGAAAACAUUGAUCUUUCUGGAAGUGACAUUCAUAUAAAGUUAGCUGCUUCCAGAUUAUAGAUCUCCAGGUUUGCAUCCCAAAUAUGACCCCAUUCCUCACAUGGCGCAUUUGUUUUUACCAGGGAGAGGUGGGCCAUUUUUAAUAGAACCCUAGAAGACAGAAGUGCACAAUAUUUAUAUUUCUAGCAGUUACUUCCACUAGACGCCGUUUAUAUGCCUUCAAGGACAGCACUUAUGGGUUUAGAUGAAUGGAGUUACUUCCCUGUUAUUUGUUUUUUUAGCCUGUCUUUAAGUUGCUUUACGUGGAUCUUCAUUAAUAAUGUAUUUGAAAGCAUUAACACGGUCCAUCUCCAUACAACCAAAUAAUAAAUCUUGGUUUGACUUCAAGGUUUUCAUCUACACGGCCGGUCUGUAUUUACCUUGUGUGACCUGGGCUUGGAAAUAAGUCAUGCAAGACUGUUUGUAAGGAUGUUAUUUUCUUUUUUAAAGGCCUCAUAUAGUCAGUUUUAAUGUAAAUCCCUGAAUUAAAUGUUCCGGUAGAACAACAAACAUGUUUUUCAAAAUGGCCCCCUAUUCCCUAAACAGUGCUUUAGUAAAUAUGGCAUAAAGUGAACAGAACUACAACUGGAGGACACAGUAACGUUCACGUUUGGGUGAACAAAUUCACAAGUACUUCUUUUUCCUCUUUCCCCAUUGGCUACUGUAGUCCUGGGUUCUGUCCAGAAUGGCAGUAUACUGUGUAGUAUACUCCCAAACCCCACGGGAUGUAGAAUAGGGUGUCAUUUGAUCCACCCGUUUAUCUCUCUAUAGUAAGAAGACGUCUCUUUCAUCAGCGGCUCAACUUAAUCUUGACAAGUAAAAUCAAACCAAUCAAUCAAAUCCAAAGCGAUUGUACUCUUGGGACUUUUGGCCCACAUUAUGUCAUGGACAAAACCUUUUUUUUUUUUCAAAAGCAAAAAAUUAGAAAAAUGUACAGUUAUUUACUUAUGAACAGAAUAUAUGUGAUUAAAAUGUAUUAGAAAUAAAA